AUGGUCAACUCCUCGGUCCCCAACGACUACGCCAUCUCUCCGGCUGAGGCUACUCCUCAUCUGACGAUCAACCAUGAUGUUGCUGCUGAUUUGGACUCGAGCAACGCCUUUGAAGGUCCCGAGAAGCUCCUUGAAGUGUGGUUUGCCCCUGGCCCCGAGUCGCUCCCCGUGAGCGCCCAACCCAAUGGAUUAAAAGCAGUUUCCGCCGACACUUGGGUUACCAUGCUCGACAUGGUCAACUGCAAGAUCUUGUCCGUCCUCGAGUCCGACUCUGUCGACGCCUACCUCUUGUCCGAGUCCAGCUUGUUUGUCUUCCCCCACAAGCUCAUUCUCAAGACCUGCGGCACGACAACCCUCCUACUGGGCUUGCAGCGACUCCUCCAUAUCGCGGCUGAACACGCCGGGUUCCCAUUCCAUAACGCCAAGGAAUCCACCAACAUCAAGGCUGCUGCGACCCCCUACCGCGUCUUCUACAGUCGCAAGAACUUUUUGUUCCCCGACCGUCAGCAGGGUCCCCAUCGUAGCUGGAGGUCCGAGGUCAAAUACUUGGAUGACCUUUUCGAGGGUGGCAGCGCCUACAUGGUCGGUAAAAUGAACGGGGAUCACUGGUACCUCUACAUUACCACACCGAACAAAACUUUGACGCCCCCUAAGACUCCUGACGAAGCGGAAGCCGCUGUCGAGUCAGCGGCCAGAAUUCCCACUGGCAGCGUGGCCAGCUUCAGCAGCGGCUUCGAGGAGCGCAGCGACGAGACCCUCGAGAUUCUCAUGACUGAUCUCGACCCUGAAAACGCGAAGCAGUUCUACUUGUCGCACGCGAGUGCGGUCGCCACCGACAAGUUGCACUUGCCGCAGACUCAGGCCGCUCGGGACGAUGCACACCAGAGUUUGGGUGACAUGUCUCAGAUUCAUGACAAGUCGGGCGAGGAGCAUGUCGACGUCUUUGAGAACAUUGGCGAAUCUGACCUCAAUGAUAGGGAACGUGCCGCUACUGAGGCUCUGACUACCGAGGGUCACGCUAUUGGAACUGUCGUUUCUGAGGGUUGCGGCCUCUCGAGCGUGUAUCCGACCAGCAAGUAUCCUGGAGCUCGUGUCGACGCCUAUCUCUUUAGCCCUUGUGGCUUUUCUGCCAACGGUGUCGUCCCUGCCAUCGCAGACGACGAGGACGCCUUGAAGAACGGCAAGGGCGGAAAUGCCGCUCACUACUUCACCGUCCACGUCACUCCGGAGCCCAACUGCUCAUUCGCCUCUUUUGAGACCAACGUCCCUGGAGGCCAGAGUGGCCGUACUACGGCUGAGAUCAUCGAGCACGUCGUCGACAUCUUCAAGCCUGGCCGUUUCAGUGUGACUCUAUUUGAGGCCAAGGGCAAAAGCGCCAACCCGUAUGGCAUGGGUGACUUUGCUUCUCAUGCGACUGCCGUCCAGCGUCUUGUUGACCCUGUCCGUGGAUAUCGUCGCAUUGACCGCAUCGUUCACGACUUUGAGGACUAUGACCUCGUGUUCCGUUUCUACGAGCGGGAUGACUGGGCAGGCGACCGUGGGGCCCGGCUGGGAGAGGAGAUGUGA